CUUACCUUGCAAUAUAAAAAUUCAUCAUCUGACUUAUUGAAACCUUUCAUUAAAAGUUUCACAACCAUCUGUGAGAUCCUUUCUUUCAAAUCAGUGGAGAUUCCCUCAUCACUUACACCACAUUCUUCAGUAUUCACAGAACAAAUUAUUGAUUUCAAUGCAGUUAAAUAGAUCUGUAGUCGAUUUUGAGGACUUAACUUGUUAUUCUUAUCAAUAUCAAUCAAAUUUGUUAGAACACCGUUUGGCCCAACCAGUUCUUCUGAAAACUGAAGAAAUAAUGUAUGGUAUGACAUGCACAUUAACUUGCACAUGGAUAUUGAAUAAGUAUCUAGGUUUAAAAUUAAGAAAUUCAUUGGUAAUACAAUCUAAUGGAUUUGAAAGAAUAAAAAACAAAAUUUAAAUUUGUAGAAGUAGUAUUUUAUAGGUAAUAAAGUACUAUUUAUAAAAUCUUAAAGAAUAGAGACUAGAGACAGGAUCAGGAAAUGUGAAAUUAACAAAAAUGUGUGAUUUGAACAUUAUCUAUUAUUGAAAAAUUAAUUCAAAAUAUGAUGAAUUGGUACAAUUAAGUUUUCAAAAAACAUAUUACCUGUGUGCCUAAUUCUGCAUUUAAUUGUAGAAGACAUUGCAGAUUAUGUAGUAUAUCAGGCAUUAUUAUAUCCGAAGACUCCUUUAGACAUAGAAUGUGCCAAGAAACGACUUUUCCCAGGCAAUUUAAAUCAAAUCGCAAAUUUUGUUUUGAUAAAAUGUUAUUUAUUAAAUGUGUCACUUUUGCUACUAGAAACACAUCUGUAGGUUUAAUAUUUACAUAUAACGCAGUAACUAAUGUAGAAGCAUCCUUAAAGGCAAACAAUUCGAUUAGUAAAUAAUAUAAGUGAAUAAAAGAGCUUCAUUGAUAACCUAAACUACUCACAUGUUUACGCACAAAUAAUCCGUAUUUAUAAGGUUGUGCGUUGAGUUCAUCUAUCAACAUAUUAAUUUUAGAUUGGUUGUGUUCUUUCGCAUAAAGCAAAUUACAAAGUUCCCCACUCAAGAGAGAGAAACUCUGAGAACAGUUUGAUUCCAUUUCUCCUGUUACUUUAAAAUUAUAUUUAUUUAAAUUGUUUCGACGUUUUUAUGUGUUAUAGAAUCUUUCAUAACAUUCAUUGAAUAUUUUUGGCAUACAAGAAUCACAAAGUACUCCAGCGAGUGUUCUGUGUUCUCAAUUUCAUUAAUGCAGCAUUUACCCUAUGGGUGACGUCUUCAUCGACAUUAGCAUCAGGAUUAAAUAUAGAGCACAAGUAUAUUGAACUUGUCAGCUUUAGGGAUUGGGGUGCGUCCAAUAGACAGUUUCGUUCUACAUGUCUCCGGUAAAGAAGCAUUUAAGGUACUUCGUUUUGCUUUUGCUAACUCGUAAGCCAUGCGCCUCCAAAGCCUGCGUCCUCGUGUUCAGAAGUUCUUGUAGUAGUUGCGCAUUAUUGGUUGCCAGUACAAUAUCGUCAGCAUAAAGCAUGUUCCAUGGUAAUAGGGUUUUUUUUUCUGGUGAGGCAAAAACUAUGUGUAUUUAGGUUUAGGACUCAUGUUGUGGUAGAGAGAUUAUUUCGUUCCUUAAAAAAAAGUAUUUUUUUCCAAGCUAUCAUCAAUAGACUUCGAAGUGAAUGCAAAUUAGGUAGAAUCAUUGUGACCAUGGCAAGAAUAUUUUAAAAUACGCCUCGUACUCGUUUUAAUAUUGGUGUCGAUUCUGGCAUAAUUCUCUAAUAUUUUAACUAAAUUUAGCAUCAGUAUCAUAUACUGUUGUCUAGUUUAAGUUUAGAUUUAGAGAUUCAUGUCAGAAUCGAUACCAUUGAUUUAUUAAAUAAUUAAUUAGUGUGCGCAAAAAUUUAGGAAACAAGUACAAUAUCCAUACUCCUGCUACUUUUAUAAAUGCGAAAUUGUGUCUAUCUUUCUUCGCAUUUAAACUGCUGUACCAAUUUUGAUGAAAUUUCAAACCUCACACUUAUACUAACUUUCAUGUCAAUGCAAGUAAAAAGAGCAUACAUUAAUUAUUCAUCUGAGAAAAAAGAGAUAAGUCCAUGGAGAUCAGAUAACAGAUCAUUUUAUCAUCAAAAUCGUCAAAAUUAAUGAAACUGACAAUUUAUUUAACGAGAUUUUAAAAUAAACUUUCAAUUUUGUUUAAAAUUAAUGGAAAUUAAUGAACAUAUACGAAAUUAAUAGAAGGGAUCUAUGUCGACGUUGUUUAAUAUGAAACCUCCGGUUGGAGAAAAGCAGAUAGCAAGUCAUCCAUGGGAAAAAAUUAUCAAGGAUGUGCAUUGCGAUAAAAUGAAAUUUGCUCACAAUUCCGUAAAUAACCCUCAUUACCCAAUGAAAAAGAAAAAGCUUACUCCUGAAAAUAUCGUUAAAUUCCGUGUUAUUGGUGAUAGAGUCACAAAAGAAUUUAUUUACUGCGUUAAUCUAGUGAGUGGUUUGCAUAAAUACAGAUGGAAAAAAUUCGAUGUCCCUGAAAUAAGAGGUGUGACUUCUGUGGAAUGGCCCGAGAUAUGGCACAAUUUGAAGGUCAAAUAUGGUGGGCUGACUCACUGCCUCCAAUCACGCGUUGCUGUACUUAUGAACGACACCAUUCUUGGCGGCGAGAAAGAGUUGAAGGAGCUGAUCGAAUCGAAAUACAUUUACCACUUGCAGUUGAAUUAUUACAACGAAGCUGUCGCAAACUUUGCCACCUACAUAAGAUCUUCUGGCAGACCUUGCGCGUACAUGCAUAUUUCUAUAAAUAAAGAACAUAUUGGCACUAUGAUUUUUAUGUUGUAUUCCGAUUUGGUACCCUACACCUGUGAUAACUUCUUGCGACUCUGCAACCAAACUAAAGGUGGCUACAGUGGUACUCCGAUCCAUAGGAUUGUGGCAGAUGGAUGGAUUCAAUGCGGUGGAUUUGGCCUAAAGAGUGUCGAUUUGGAAUGUGAAAAUUUCAUAGUCCCUCAUGAUAGACGAGGCGUGCUGUGUAUGGCGAAUGAUGGCAGGCAUGUUGAUUGCUCUACUCAAUUCUUUGUACUGCUCCAACCCGCUCCUUGGAUGGCUCACAAGUACGUAGCUUUUGGGGUGCUCAUUGAAGGUGAAAAGACGCUCGAUAGAAUCGAAAAAGAACCCACGUGGUACGAAUCGCCAAUUUCCGAAAUCACCAUAUACAAGGCUGGUAUAUUAAACAUGGAAUGUCAUGACAUCACUGUAAAUAAAAGCACUAAUGAGUAUAUCCAUGGACACAUCGAGGACUUGUAUUCAUUAGGUGAAUUAUUGAUAGAGACUUUAAUCCAAAGAGUAUUUUUGGAAGCCGAGUUAAAACUUGUGCAACGUCUAGAAAACGAAUUAUUGGGGGAGUCGGAGGAAAUCUUGGAAGAAGGCGGUCACGGAGAAGUUGGAAAUAUUCACCGUACUCGAAGGUUUAUACGAAAAGGUGAGAUGCAAGAAGACACCAACAGUCAUACCGAACACCAGCAUAUCCGCAAUCAAUCAAUAAAAAGUGCGACUGUCAAAGUCGUACCUUUAACAAGCAAAGAUAGCGAGCAAGAAAACAAUGAAUUUGACGUCGAAGAAUACGAAAUGGAAGAGAGUGUUUAUCAACACAUGUCUAUUGUAUCAGAAAGCAUUGUCGUAAAGCCGGAAAAACCGUACUACAUACCACUUACGGACGUGCUGUAUCCAGGAGAAAAGGACUCGACGUAUGACUUGAAAAAAUUCCUAAGAGGAGACUACUGCCUUGAAAGCGACAUUGAUCCAGAGCGUCCAAAAUUACCUCGCAAAGCAAAGCCGAAUUAUCCUUCCGCUCUAUUAAAGUUAUCCGAUGACGUAUCAGAAUCAGCGUCUUCUCAGUCAUUGGAUUCUGAAGAUGAAAAAGAAGUACGAGAAUACCUGAGAAAUAACGCGGAUCAAGUGAGCUUCGCUGGAGAAAUAAUAAAGAGUAUAGCUCGAGAACAUAAAAAAAUCAAUUUAUUUGAAGGCGAAGGGAAACCUGUGCAAAUUACCGAAGAACAGCUCAGAAAAGUUAGAUUAGCAUCAGUCAAUCAUAAAGCAGCACAUGAUACAAAAGUUACGAUCGACGUCCCAUCUUCGUCGCAGUGUCUACAUCAUAAACAGAUAAAAAGACGCCAAACUGGUUUUGUACACCAUAAAAUAUUCGACAAAACCGAAUCGGAAGCAUCAUUGGAAGAAGAUGAACAGUCAAGGACGGUGCGUAUAUCCGCAUCUGCGACAGUUCCGCCGCCACCCGGCCAUCACACAGUCUCCGGUCGGCGGCCCACCGGCUUCAUCCGUAUGAUGGAGAUCGGUGACCCCGACUCCGAAACGAAUGUACCAGAGCGCGAACAACGCGACUCGCACUCGCAUAGACCUUCUAUACUGCAACGAUUGUACGAUAGCAACCGUAUCGACGAACACGGGCCUACCUUAAAGGGUCACAGAGCCCACUCGGAUGUUCCAGACAAGCACCUAAUGCUCACGUAUUCACCUCACGGUGGAAUGAAAAGCGAAGAGAGCGUCAAGAAAUUAGUUUUGAGGAAGCCGCAAAGCACAAACGCCGACUUGGAGGAGAGCGUAUUGGACUUUCAAUAUAAUAAGAAACUAGUAAGGAAAUUUUCUUCGGACUACGUGAAAACUUUCAGCCAGAUGCAUAACAAAUUCGAGAAUUCAAUAAGAAGUAUAGAGUAUGCUAAAACCAGACCAGCGAUGACGGUGUCUGAUUACCAAGAGAGAAAUCAACUGGAUCAGAAGUUAAAGGAUCAAAUGGAACAGAAGGACGACGCACAAUCGCCCGUCAAAAAUGAUCCCAUAAAGUCAAAAAGGGGCUUGCGGCUGCCUGGGGACUCGCCCUUGUAUUCAAAAGAGCUAUCACUUUCCAGGGUAAAAUCAUCUGACACAGAAGAGUAAUUUUUGAUUAAUAUAGCAUCAUACAUUUUUUAAAGGUUUGUAUUGCUUUAAUUUUCUAAAAACUUUAGCUUUCAAUAAAUAUUGUUAUAGAAAUACGUCUCUUGUUGUUUUAUUUCAUACGAAAACAAAAACCAGUAAUUAAUUCCAAACAUUUUAUUAACACUGAGUUAACACAACAAAUUUCCCAUCACAUUAUAUUUCAUUAUAAUAAUAUCUGCAUUACAUACACUGUAAACUAUCACAAUGCCACUUUCAUAUAUACAAAAAUAUUCUUCGCUAAUAAUACAGGUCUCGUCGUACUCUUCGCUGGCUUUCUAGUAAUAUAGCGGCUAGAAUCGACUCGAUAGGUCCUCUCGUGGCGAGAUCUGCCCGCCGACUAGCACCGUCACACAAUUUGUCUAUGGAACAUCUAGUGUCCAUGGCCGUGGCCGAAGGCGCUUACGCCGUUCUGCGAAUUUGCCGAAGGCCGAUUAUUGUUUCCUUCAGUACUGUUCUCUAAAGCAUUGUUGUUUCUGUUUUCUAACUGUUGUUGCCACAUGGACGCGUAGAAACCUCCUUGCGUUAACAAGAUUUCGUG